GGAGAGUUGGCACGUAUGAUUCCACCGAGAGUAGCACCUACCAGGCGAACCCGUCAAACAGACGGUAACCAUGAAUUUACUGUCAAACUAGAGGCACCAAGAACCUCAUUAUAUCAGAAUUCAUAUCUCUGGAGAACAGCAUCGCUGUGGAAUAAACUCCCUGCGACGGUUUUCCCUGCAGGUUACAACCUGAACCGUUUCAAGACCAACAUACACCGACAUUUCCGCGCACUUGCCGCUUCUCGAGCGUGAUAGGACAUUUCCUUGCGAGUGCGCAUAUCCGUAAAAAAAAAAAUACCUGUUGAAGGGUUUGUCAAGUAUCAAACAAUGAUCUUUAUCUAUAAAAUAAAAAAUGGAAUUACACCUGACUAUUUGACAAAUAAAUUGAUCACCAGUGGGGACAUUCAUAACUAUGCAACUAGAAAUAGAGACAAUUUUUAUGUUGCAAAAAAGAAUAAAUCGCUUUCUGAGAAAGCAGUAUACCAUAAGGGGUUAAUAAUUUUUAAUGCAUUGCCGAAUGAGAUAAAGAACUUGCCAACCAUUGGAUUGUUUAAGGGGAGACUUAAAGAAUACUUGAAGGGAGAAUGAUGCAAAUGAGAAGAAAAAAAAAAUAAAAAAUUGUGCUGUAUUUUGUUAAUUCAGAAUUGUCCACUGAUCUCCACAUUGUAAGACGGUAGUAUUACUAGGUGAACUAAUUAUUAUAUCUCUUGUAUUGUAAUAUUUAUAGUAUCAAAUUUUUUGUACUAAAUUAGAUGAAGUCUAAAUAAAGCAAUUAUUAUUAUUUCCAAUCUUAUAAUGUAAAUAUUUAUUCGAGUAUUUAUUGUUCCUUACCACCUGAUUGACUUUCAGUUCCUAACCCUUGAGGCAAAGGCACAUUCCCUCCAGUCAUUAGAACCAAAAAAAACUUCUUGGCUUUUGUUGAAUUUGGAUAAUCUACUACAACACCCCCAUAAAAUCCAGCCUUCAUUGCUUGACUAGUUACCAGUUCCAUUUGCUCCCCAUUUUCUGGAUAAAAUUGUAAAACAGCUCUAGCGGACCUACUCAGACAGGCAUAGAGGGUGCUAAAAAAUUUAUACAGCCUCUGGACGGGUUUAUGAUGAGAUUUGUCUGCAUUGCAAAGCCAUUGGAGAGCCGAUAUUGAUAUUGCACCAUCAAAGGCGCCAGCUUUAAAUGGACAUCCCUGUCCCAUAUCUGUUAAUAGUAAAUCGCCUUCUACUUCUCUUUGAACUGCAAUCUCUGUAACAUAUUUAUUUACAUUAUUUUUAUUUAAUAGAAAAGUAAUUUCCUACCUAGCAUAGCAGUAGAAAUAUCUAUUCCAACCCAAUAAUGCCCAUUGUCCUCUAAAACACUUCCACUCAACCCGGAGCCACAACCAAUAUCUAGAAGAAAGCAGGGAGAGUCUUCGGGCAAUAACAAAAGUUCUAUGGCUCUUUCAGACAUUUGCUCUUGAAUUUCCAUAAUUCUUGAGCUGAAAUUUAUUUAAUUAACGAAAAUAUUGCAAAGUUUAAGCUCAAUAACCUACUUUUGUGUAUAUUUUUUGGCCUCAUCUUCAUUGUAAAACUAUAAAUUAAAAGUUUAUAAGGGAAUGACACAGUAGAAGAGUUAAAUAAACGCUACUUACGAUCUCAGGGGGUGCCAAAUGCUCUGGCCGUGACAUGAUUUAUUGUUUAAAUAUUUUUUAAAUAAAAUGAUUUUAUUUUGUAAACAUUAAACAUAACCUCUAACUUCAAAGAAAAGCAUGUGUUGGUUAGGGAGGCUUCGUCGUUUUGACAAUGAAUAUUAGGGAGUGUCAGACAUAUAACGUUUAGCGUAAUAUUGUUUGGGAUUUUUUUUUCAAAUUUAAUAAGAAAAUAGGAGAAAAAUGUAUAGGCUAUUGUUUAUUUGAGAGUGAUUUCAUGCUCGGUACUGGUUUAAUAUUUAUUAUAUCCUAAUCCUGAUAAUCAUGCCUGAUCACUUUGCCCUUUUUGACUUUUAACGCAACUUCUGAAAUAAUCUGAAAUUGAAUAGAGCUGGCAACAAGUUCAGUUGUGCUUUUUUGACUUGACAGACAGCUUCAAACGGUUUUUGGCGGGCCGCGGUCGCGAUGGUCCAGUUCCUUCACUCAAAUAAUUGGUUAAGAAUGUUAUGAUGUUCAAAAAAUAAGUUUUUUUUGGUUUUACCAUGUAUGUGCUGGAUUUAAAGAAAGAGUUUUAUGAGUUUUUAGCAGGAAAAAGAAUUUUCUUAAUGGUCCACUAUGAUAUCGACAGCAUUUGUGCGUGCAAAAUCCUUCAGUCCCUCCUAAAAUACUGCAACAUCCUCUACACUUUGGCCAUAAUCCAAGGACGAGAAGACCUUAAAAAAGCCUACGCAGAAAACUAUGAAGAUGUAAAAUACUUUGUGCUACUCAACUGUGGUGGAUCUAUAGACAUUGUAGAAGAACUAGAGGCUGCAGAUGAUAUAGUGUUUUUUAUAUUGGAUAGUCAUAGGCCUAUAGAUUUGUGUAAUAUAUUUUCUACUGAUCAAGUGAGGCUGUUGAGUAGUCCUGACGAGGAUGCUUUAGUACCUGUACCUGAGUUUCAUGAUGUAUUCAGAGAUGAAUCUGACUCUGAAGCGGAAUCAGAAGCAGAAUCGACAGGAAGUGAUGGUGAAGACAGAGCAGCGAAAAGGCGAAGGCUAGGAGAAGAAGAAAUAAUGAAAAGACGAGAGAAAAGACUGUGGGAGGCAAACAAAAACAAAAUAUUGUUCGAGUACUCUCAAUACACUUAUUAUGCACGCGCAAGUGCCAUAAACAUGUUUGAUUUGGCAUGGAAGCUAAGCAAAGACGACAAAGACCUGCUGUGGUUGGCUAUAGUUGCACUCACAGAACAGCUACUGCUAGGAAAAAUAGAAAACACUCAGUAUAUUCUAGAAAUGGAAAGUCUUCGGAAUCAUUGUAAGAGACUCCAAAACAGAACAAACGACACAGACAUUCAGACAUCACUGAAAAUUUUAUUCGAAAAGGAUUUGAGGCUAUCACUUUAUAGGCAUUGGACAGUGGAGCUUAGUUUAAAAUAUUCAAUGUUUACUGCUGUUCGAAUGAAAUUGUGGACGUUGAAAGGCGACAAGAAGAUUCAUCAGCUUUUAGCUGAUAUGGGCCUUCCUUUGAGUCAGAGCAGGCAACAAUUUAAAUCCAUGGAUCUGGCACUGCGCAAAGAAUUUCAUAGUUCCUUAGAAAAAUCAUCCGAAAAAUAUGGCCUUCAAGAUAUUGAAUUUACCUCUUUUGUCCUUCAGUAUGGGUAUAGGAAUAAAUUUUGUGCUUCGGACAUAGUUUAUGCUUUACUUGCAAUUUUAGAAGCAUCACCUAGAGAUAAGAAACCAGAAGAAUUGUUCAACCAAGCCUUAGAUUGCUUAUCAAGGACUAAAAUUGAUGUAAUAAACAAUGCCUUAGAACGAGCCAAAAUAAUAGUACAAUCCCUAUUUAAGACUGUUCAAAGUGCUUUGGAUAGAAAACAAAUUAUAACUGCCGGGUCUUUUGUGUAUUAUGUCAUUCAAGAGGGUUGUCUGGAUUGGUACAUGUUCUCUCAUGUCCACAUACUCUCUCUUCUAGCUCAAUUUAUUUUAAAAGCCUAUGUUUCCGUGUCAAGGAAUAAAAGAGCGAAGGCGUUGCCACUUAUAGUCUCUGCUCCAAAAAAUAUUGAAAAUAGUACUUGUAUAUUGUUGGGCAUACCGCCUAUGUGUGAAAAUUCUCCUAGAAAUUUUUUCGGAAAAGCUUUUGAACAAGCAGCCGAAAAAAUGAACUGCGAAGUAAGCUGUGAUAACCUUGAUACAUCAUAUAUCGAACUCCGCGUUAAAGAUAGGACGCGAUUUUUGGAUGCGCUGGCAGCAUUACUAUAAUUUUAAUUUUUAUUCCACAAUUUUAUUUAUACAUAUUUUUUAAUUGAAAUGUGAGUAAACUUUUUUUAGUGUUUUAAUUUGUAUUGUUUCAAGCCAGUUUUUAGAUAUUUUAUCCACCACUGACAUAUUAUAAUGACACUAUGAUUGCUUUGAUUUUGAAUGAAUAAUGUGGCCUAUAACUCACUAGUAUAUCCUAUUCACAAUCCGUAGUCCAAAGGUAAAGGUAAAUUUAUCACUUUUCCCUAUCAAAUAGCACUAAAAGGUGAUAAAUUUUACCUUUACCUUUGGACUUCAGUAAUAAUAGCCCAAGGACAUUAAUAAUUGUCCGAAAAAAAAUUAUGACAGAUUUCGAAAGCUUAUUGCUUGAAAAGAGUCUGUUUUCUAUAGGCAACAAGCUUGAGAAAGUUGUAAAAUUUUUAAGUAUUUAUCAAUGUUUGAGGGUUAUUUGGAUAGAAAAUUUUGUGAUAGCAAUGUCCAAGACUAUGUCAUAGAGUGAAAACAACCCUAAUAGGGCUGUUUCCAGUAUAAUGUUGACAUGAUUGGUUGAUUUGUGUCACAUGACAAUAAAUAACAAAAUUGAACUGGUUGUUAGAACUGUCAAAGAAUUUUCUAAUCUAUUUUAAUCAUAUUUAUUAUUAAAAUGUAAUUGAAAAAUCAACGGUUUAACUAGAAAUAUGAUUUAUUAGAAUAUAACCCUGUUGAAAAUUGAAUUUCUACUUUAAGUAGUACCAAACGGCAAUAAAAGUAAGUCCAUCACUUGUCUUGAAUUAGGAAAAGAAAUAGCGGGUAAUUUGCAUAUAUCCUUACAAGCCCAAAUCUAUUAUUUCAGUAAGUACAGGGUGGCCCAAAUUCGAGCCUCAUCAUUGGGAUCUCGGUAACUGUAAGAGAUACCGGGUUGGUUAAAUUAUGGCAAAGUUGCGCAAUUUUAUGACCAAUAGAAUGCCGUUUUGAGACUAGAAAGAUUCCGAAUACUUCCGGAGAUAUUCGGAAAAAACCGAAAUUUUGUAAAAUCGUUUUUAUUUUUUCCUGGUCUUAUUUGAAGAGCAUUUUUAAAAUAAAUGUCACUUUAUUGUUGUCACUUUUUCCCCUUUAGAAGAUGGUGCUACUAAAUUUAAAAUUCGACGUUUCAUCUUCAGGUGGCCAUCCUCAACUUCCUUUUUUUGAAUACGGACCUGGAUUUUUUAUUUGCGAUUUUGUCAUCUUUGGGCAUCCUAAAACCGAUACUGUUUAUAAUUUUUCAAAAACAAAGUAAAAAAUCAGGUCCGUAUUUAAAAAAAAUAAAUUGAUGAUGAUUCCAGAGGAACGAAACGUUGGAUUUUAAAUUUAAUACCGCUAUCUUGUAGAGAAAAAAAGUGACAAUGGGAAUGGAAAGUUGGUUUUUCACAAUCUUUUUAAAUAAAAUCAGGAAAAAAUGAAAACUGUACGAAAAAAAACAUGAAUUUCUCGUUUUCCUCAAAUUUUUUCCUGAUUCCAUUUAAAAAGAUUUUGUAAAACUAAUUUCACAUUCCCAUUGUCAUUUUUUCUUCUCUACAAGAUGACGGUAUUAAAUUUGAAAUCCAACGUUUCGUUCCUCUGGAAUUAUCAUCAAUUUUUUUUUUUAAAUACUGACCUGCUUUUUUUACCGUGUUAUUGAAAAAUUAUAAACAGUAUGGGUUUUAGGAUGCCCAAAGAUGACAAAAUCGCAAAUAAAAAUCCAGGUUCGUAUUUAAAAAAAGGAAGUUGAGGAUGGCCGCCUGAAGACGAAACGUCGAAUUUUAAAUUUUAGUAGCACCAUCUUCUGAAGGGGAAAAAGUGACAAUGAUGAGGUGACAUUUAUUUUGAAAUUGCUUGUCAAAUAAGCUCGGGAAAAAAUAACGAUUUUACAAAAUUUCGGUUUUUUCCGAAUAUCUUCGGAAGUAUUGGGAAUCUUUCUUGUUUCAACGCGGCAUUCUAUUGGCCAUAAAAUUGCGCAACUUUGCCAUAAUUUAACCGACCCCGUAUCUCUUACGGUUACCGAGAUCUGAAUGAUGAGGCUCGAAUUUGGGCCACCCUGUACACAUUGCACAAUAUACAGGGUGUACCAGCCGAGAGUGACCCAUUUUAAAUGCUUAUAACUUUUAAACCAGGUGAGCUAGCUACCUGCGGUUUGUGCCAUUCGAUUUCUCUUGGUCUAAAGUUUUUUCUAGUAGGUUUCAAUUUUUUUUAAAACUUAUACUGGGCGAGUAAAAAAAAUCCGUUUUUCAACACCGAAAUUCUUCACUAUUUUCAAUGGAAUAUAUCGCAACGUCAAAAAAUAGAUUCAUGUUUAAGGUAUCCAUGUACCAAUAGACAUCGUCCCUAAAACUUGAAGUUUUAGCCGUAAAAAAUCAAAUUCGAAAUCUUGGUAUUUUUGCAAACACCUAUUUUCAAAGCUUCAACCUUAUGUUUGUAAGUACCUAUAUGUAUAUGUUAGCCAUUCUGUUCCAGGCAUUUGUGGAUCAAUAAAUGGUUGAAUCAAUUGUGUAACAUUUCCUGGAAAAUCGCUUCAAUGACAUUACAAAUGUUCCACUCAAGAUCUUCCAGGCUAUUUUAGCAAAGUAUUACCGCAUCUUUCCUUGACAUGACGCCAGAGAAAAAAGUCUAGAACUCUCAAGUCAAGAGAGUAAGGUGUCUAUUCUAUAGGCCAGCGGCCAGCUCUCCUUAUCCGUCUUUCCCCAAAUGUCAUAUCUAGUGAUUCCCUUGCUAUUAAUGAAUAAUGAGGUGGGGGAAUCAUCCUGCUGAAAAUAGAUAUCAUUCAAGAUAACCUCCUGUCUCAACUAUGGGAAAAAGAACAUAUCAGUGUAUACAGUUUCUGUUAUUGUUGGUUCAUCAAUGAAAAUGGUCUGUAUUUUUUCUCAAUAGAGAUUGCACACCAAACUGUUACUAUUGGGGUAUCUCUAUUUAAUGAGUUCCAGAGAAAAUACUUUGGCACUCGUUAAAUUUUCUUGGAAAAUGUAUCUCAACUUAAUUGAUAUCUAACUAGACAGUUACAAAAUUGUUUGCCAUAGUGAUAUCAAGUUCCUACAACAUAAAGUUGCAUGCGUUUGCAAAAAUACCAAGAUUUCGAUUUUGAUUUUUUUUUCGGCUAAAACUUCAAGUUUUAGGGACGAUGUCUAUUAGUACAUGGAAACCUUAAACAUUAAUCUUUUUUUUGACGUUGUGAUAUACAGGGUGUUCCAUUAGAAAUAGUGGAGAAUUUCGAUGUUGAAAAACGGAUUUUUUUUACUCGCCCUGUAUAAGUUUCAAAAAAAUAUGAAACCUACUGGAAAAAACUUUAGACCAAGAGAAAUCGAAUCGCACAAACCGCAGGUAGCUAGCUCACCUGGUUUAAAAGUUAUAAGCAUUUAAAAUGGGUCAAUCUCGGCUGGGACACCCUGUAUUAUGUUUUCCCUGUCAAACAGUUUUCCCUAUCCACUUUAUAUCCCCAAAAGUUGAUAGACUUUGAAACAAACAAAAAAUUAUUACAAACAAGGUCACAUCAGUCAGCGAAAAGGCUAAAUUUAAUUAUUUAGAUCCAAUAAUAGACAAAUUAGGUUUUUCUGUUUAUUAUAUUUAUGCAUAUUGUUUUUCACUAUUUCAUUUUGUUUGUCACAAAAUAGCAUUUGUAAAUAUAUCGGUUUUCAUGUUUUUUAGCUCUAUUGUGUACAAAUUAGGCUUUAAUUAAAUAAAUUGAAUUAUUAAUUUUUUAAAAAGGAAUUUUUUUUAUAGGUGUAGUAAAAGACCUUCAGAAUUAAGACUUUAAUAAGCUAAAAUCGUAGGCUAAAAUUCAGUACCGUUCUGUGUUCAGUACCUACAGAUUAUUCUGACAAUAACUGAUAACAUGAUAUACAAUAUAAAAGGUGGCUAAAUAGGAAACACAGUAAGGCUAUGGUCCGAAUAUAACCAAAUGUUAACCAAAGUAACAGAAUCGGUUGACAGAUGGUUACUGAAAAUUCCGGUUACUUGAGGAAAACGAAUAUGAAAUAAAAAAUAAUUGACAGAAAUUACAGAUAAAACCAACAGAAC